AUGGUUGGGGAGCAGGUUUUGUUGAAAGUCUCACCUAUGAAGGGUGUGAUGAGGUUUAGGAAGAACGGCAAGCUCAGUCCUAGGUUCAUCGGUCCCUUCAAGACCCUUAGACAUAUGAGGGAGGUAGCCUAUGAGUUAGCUUUGCCUCCAGGUUUGUCUGGCGUUCAUCCGGUGUUUCAUGUCUUUAUGUUGAAUAGAUAUCAUGGUGAUGGUUCUUUUAUCAUUUGUUGGGAUUCAGUCUUAUUGGAUGAGAACUUGUAUUAUGAGGAAGAGCCUAUUACUAUUCUAGAUAGAGAGGUUCGUAAGUUGAGGUCUAUGGAGAUUGCAUCAGUGAAAGUUCAGUGGAAGAACCACCCUAUUGAGGAAGCUACUUAG